AUGUCCGCGCAGGAGGUGGCGGCGGGCAAUCCGCUCUCCCUUGCGCUCACGUCGCCAGCCUCGAGUCCGCUGCGCGAGAGAAGUCAUAGCGCCCUUUUGGAUGCUCCAGCCGACCACAGUCCUACUCGUCGGCUAUCGGACUCCGCAGCCAUCGUUGGGGCGGCAACAUCACCCACAACGCCCAGCGCUGCUACCUUGCCUAGAAACCAUUCAAAAGCUGGAUCAGAAGAGCUGCGUCGAUGGGCUGCUGAGGCUAUGGCACAACGUCCCAAUAUAGCUCAUCCCAAUCCGCUGAUCGACACAAGUUCCACGAACGAAGCUGCUUCAACUUCCGACCCUCUUGUCAUCAAGCCUUCUGCAAGCCGACCUGAGUCGCCUGCUCUUGGAGGCCGAUGGCAUGGGAGCAGCGAGAUCGGAGGUGCGACUCGUCCUCUCUCCAUGCAUGUGGACUCUGUCACUUCAUCUCACGAUGACGCUCGACCCACUUCCUACCAAUUUCCCGAUCCCCGUCCCCCUUCCAGCACAACGAGCUCAACAGCAAUGGUGUCGAACGCUUCUCACGUGGACGAGUCGCUCGGCUUCACCAGAACGUCUUCACUCGGUAGGCGCUCGCAAUGGGUUCUGCCAAGAGAUGAGUCUGCUGUCGUCUUGCAAGUCGAUGAGACCGGCCGUCGAGCAAGCUCACCGCACAUCGAUCCACCGAAGACUUCAGGUGGCCGGCGGACGGCUUACGUCGACGUUCCCGUCUCGAAUGGUCGCGAUGGCACGAGACGCUCACCCCUAGCACCUAUCCUCACUGCCGGUCGACCACGCGAGCCUGCGACGCAGCAAGCUCAAUCGGUGUCACACGAAGUCUCAGCCAAUAGGCUUGCUCUGGCGAGCCAUGCACAGCCUUCCAGUAGACUUAGGCCGGACAGUCCAAUUGCUGAGGCACCUCAAAGUGAUGACGAGGACCCCCCUCUCGGAACGCCGGUCGACGGCUACCUUGCAAACGCGAUGAGCACCAGCAGCGUGCGACGAGGUUCGGUUCGACCUGGCGAUACACCACCGUCUGAUACAUUGAGCGAUCUUCCUGCAGCCAGGAGUGGCAUCAAUUUUGGAGUAGGCGCUAUUGGCGCAAGCGCUGAGGCGGCUGGACCACUAAGUCAGCUUGGCCUUCGACGAGGCAGUGCAUCGGAUGCUGCCGGCAAGCCGUCGCUGCGUCUCGUCCCAUCUCUCAAGCGCGAAGCUGUAGCAACACCUCAUGCUGGUCACGAAGCGCCACAACUUUCACAUUCGACGCUGGUCAGCCUUGGGGAAGUGGAAGGAAUCAGCCCACCCAUCCCCCUCAGUGCACUUUCGGCCACCGGACCGAGCCUUCCCAUUGGCUCCACCAGCAUCGACGCCAUCAGCGUCGUGAGUCAAGGGCUGGAAAUGGGCCUUGGUGUCCACAUGGCAGCGGCGGCCCUCAACACUUGUCUACCCGGUGCUUCAACCGGAUUUGCGAGUCUAGCUGAGCCCCGCUUUGCUCGAAUGAGCGUUGCAAGUAGCGGGAUUGGAAUGCCAUCGGCAGCCACAGUCGCCGCGAGCGCACUGCCCUCAGAAAUGAGCAGCAUGGGCUUGAGCUUCAAGGUCACCGAUGCUCAGGUUUCCGCGGCAGAUACUCUUACCGGACUCCGAGACAGUCGUCGAGGCCCUAAGUCAGACCAUGCUUCCAUUGCCAAUGGCAGUAGUGAAGACAAGCCGUUGAGCAAGAUUGCAGAGGCCGAUCUCGGACGCAGGCGCACGACUGGCAACCUUGGAGCGCGCACCCGUGGCGGACCUGCCAACCAUCCAAACGUCACCUUCAGCGUGGACACUCUACCUCAUCGACGCGCUGGUACACUCGACCACACCUCGGCCUCGGCAAGCUCUCGCCAGAUGCCCGACAUGUAUGCUUACGCAGGCGGAAGUCCGGCGCUCGGAGGAACGACACUUUAUGGCACGAACAGCAAAGGAUCUGCGACUCAUCCUUCCAUUCCUGAGAAUGAUGCCGUGUAUCUCCCAUUCGGCGCAGUGUACAGCAGCCAGAGCAGCUCCCACAGCACCAGCGGGCACGCAGGUCUCACGUCAGCUCAAGACAGCACUCAAGCAGAUACGCCAUCGCUCGGGCAAAAAGCAAUUCUAUCUCCCGACGCCAAUUCUCGCGGAUCGUAUCUUGGCGACACUAGUGUGGCUGGCCAGGCUCGAGAAAGUGGGCAGGAUCCAACCGGGCCACGUUUGAAUGCACCGAUUGGGGCUGCAGCGCUUGCGAAUAGCAUCGGAGGAGGUGGGCACUUUGGACCACAAGUUCGCGAGAAGCUCAUGGAGGUCCUGCAGACCAUCGUGGGACAGGUUCCACUCUCUGGUGAAGACGGAGAGACAAUUCACAUUGCGGAAUACGGCAGCUUAAAUUCCCGUUCCGCGCCGUUGCUGCGCGAUGUCAUAUCGAUGUUCGCACAGCGCGCUUACGAAAGUCUGGCAUAUCGAGCAUCAGCGCAAGGAGCCAGCCAUCACAGCACGCUCUCUUCCCAAUCGAGCCGCCUCGCCGACGACGGAAGCUACUUUGGCGGUGUUGAUGUGGCCCAGCUCGGCGCACCGACAGUCGUCGCAGAGAGUAUCGAUCUCCAGCCUUCGACUUUGGCCUUUUCCAUCACACACGAGGAUGCGAGCUCUGAUUUCCGCACUCUGGCACAAGUGUUGGAAUCGGGAGAGUCGUACUUGGACAAUGCUUGGCAAGCGUCGCACAGGCCGCCUCUUCAGAAUAGCAUUUUCAACGCUUAUGUGGCACGAUCCUUCGCUUCCCGCGUUGCUCCUCCCAAGACGAUGCACAUGGUACGUACAAUGAGGUGGACUGUGAUACAUACUGGCCAAUCACUGACACGACUUCUCUUGCUUGCUUCUUAA